AUGCCAGCCGUCACAGCGUGUCUGGCUUGUAGAGCAUUGAAAGCCAAAUGUCGAAGAGGUGAUGUGCAUGAGAGCUGUUUGAGAUGCACCAGAUUAGGCAUUGAAUGUGAGAGUAUACCGAGAAAGCUCGGAAGGAGAUUAGGGUCAAAAAAUCGUUCUCGCCCCAAAUCAGCGUCCGAGUCACAAUCUUCGCCUCCGGGAGCCGCCGGCCCUUCAUCAUCCAAACGACUUAAUAUCGCUAUACGUUCACCUUCCCCUCGACGUCGUUCAAUCUUUCGUCAUGACUACGAUGAUGAAAUGCAACGCGAAGAAGAGAUCACCCGACAACCUACGCCUCUAUCGCAACAUCAGCAUCAGCAACAACAAAAUGGUGGAGGAGGAUCCCAACCUUGGUCUAACAUGUUGAAUGUUUUAGCUAAGGUAGCAGAUGAGAUGCCACCCAAUCCAGUACCGUAUUCACCUGAAAAUUCAAUGUAUCCCUUUGACAGGAGGAAAUUCCUCGAUCUGUAUAGACAAGCUUCGAGAACAUUAGAUCCGGAUCCAUAUAUGGGCAUGGCAGUGCUAGAACAGGGCUUGGAUCUGUUGUUGAAUAACGAUCCUGGUGAACAAAGCACGCGCAUCUUGCCAGGUGAAGAAAUCGUUUAUUCUCGAGUCGAUCAACCAAGAAGAGACCUCCUACCUGAAUGGGAUGUUCUGACUAUCGGUCUAUUGUCGGAAACAGAAGUAGAAGAUUUAUUGGACGUUUACUGGUCAAGAUGUAAUCCGAUCAUUAGACUACUUGAUCCUUUCAUUUACACCUUGCAAUACAUGAGAGCCACCUCGUGUCUCCUCUUAUCCUCCGUCUUACAGGUAGCGGCUCAAUGUUUGCCAGUAUCUCGACAUUCUGCUUCACUCGUUUCACGCCUGGAUCAGCAUCUAGAUCAUCUUUUUGCUGAAGUAUCAAGAAGGGGGCUGCAGUCUCUUGAGAUAUGUCAGGGUUUAAUGAUCUUUUCUACUUAUAUGAGAGCGAACAAGCAGCACCAAACGUGGCAGUUCAUAAGUCGAGUAAUGGGUAUGGCAAUCGAAUUGCGACUAGAUAUCAACGCCUCUCCCGCUUGGCAUGCCACAGAACCAAUGCAUUCUCACUUGCGUGCAAGUGUGAAACGGAGGAACAUUCAAAGAUUCUGGUUGUGCCUCUCAGAAUGGGAUAGAAGGCUUGCAUUUAUACGAGGGAGAAGGCCCAUGCUACGGGACACCGUGCUUACUGCAGCGGAUUCUUUGAGAAUUUGGUGGUGCGAACCCGAAGCACUUGAGUGCGACGUGAUGACCUGUGCCGCCGUGAGCCUAAGAGGACCAGUGGGUGUUGUACAGAGAGAUAUGCAACGGGCGAUGGCUACUCACAAGCCUUUACCAUUCGAGAAACAUCUCGCAAACGUGGAUCGUGAAAUGAACGAUUGGAGGUCAGAAUGGUACUCCCGUUUGAGCCGAGACGACCAGCAACGGAUAGAUCAUGAUAUAAGGGCUGCCCGCUUUGUUCUUCUCAUGACACCUUACGACAAUCGGUUAGGAAACGAAGGGAUGCCUGGUUUUGCCCGAGAUGAAUGUCUAGUUGCAGCUUUGGAAGUCUGCAAAAAUGCCAUUCCAUUAUUAGGAGGUAGACAUGCGAGAUUGCCUGUACAGAACGUUACUGCGGCAAGAUUGUACCUCCUUGGAUACACGUCACUUUGCGCUCUUCGAAUAAUGGAUGCAAGUUCAGGUGAUGAAGAUCGACCUAACAUGGAUGUUGAAUUGUUCCAUCUCAGUAUAUUAUCAGCUCUGGCAGAUAGGCUAUGUCAGUUGAACGUUCAUCAAAAUGUCGCUUUGAUAGCAUCUGUUCUAGGUAGAAGACUGCUUCACGCUUGUAGAAAAGUUGUAACGCGAACGUUUUCGAGGGAAUCAGCGUCUACCUCUUCACUGAAUACGAAUGAUCAUUCGACCGGUCUGAACAAUAACGGUUUUAUAGAUAACCUGGACAGUACAACUCCGUUGCUAGGUGAUCUAGGUAGUCUAACAGGUGGGCUGGUUUCUCAAGAUGUAGAAUUCAGUUUUGAUUUUGGUCACAUGGGUGAAUUGUUCCAUCUUUUCGAUAACAACGAUUUUUCAUCCUAUACCCAAGCUCCGAUAUGA